AUGCUCCCACAGAUUCUCGUUGAUAUUCCGAACACGGCCUACCUGGUUGGCGCGCUCGUGGUAGUUGCCUACCUGGCCUUCCUCGCCAUCUACCGCUUGUAUCUUUCCCCUCUCAGUAAUAUUCCCGGGCCUUGGUACGCGGCCGUAACGGACCUCUGGCUAACUUCGCACAUCGCACGACUGCAACAAUGCAUGACGGUACACAAGCUCUUCGAGGCGUAUGGUCCCAUCGUUCGUAUUGGCCCGAACCGUAUAGCAUUCAAGGAUAUGGCCGGCGUCAAAGCAGUCUACUCGGUGCUCAAAUUCGACAAGGGCCCGUCAUACCUCAAGCUGAAGACUGCGGAUGAUGCAGACCAGGCAAUGACGAUUUUGGAGCACGGACCUCAUAGCGCUCGCCGAAGAGCUUGGGCGUCGCACUAUACAAUGACCAGCUUACUCAAAUUCCAACCCAUCAUGGGCAAUGCCGCGCGAGGUUUGAUUUUGGCCGUCGACUCUGUAGGUGGCAGACGCUCUGUCGAUUGCCUCAUCUUGUUCCGGCACUUUACCAUUGAAGUCAUCAUGUCUGUUCUUUUCGGCUGUCAUCUCGACGUGCUCAAGGACUGGAGCGAGGGGAAGGAAGUUGCCAUCUGCGAGGCGAUAGGCGACUUCCCUCUGCAGGUCACUUUGCGCGGAGCUGUACCAUCCUGGGUAUGGUAUCUGGCGUGCAGGAUUCCGCAACAGAAGUGGCAGAAGGUCAUAAGAGCGGACAUGACCGUGGUCGAAUUCGCACAGGAGAACCUCAAUAAGUUGCGCCACCUGGCCGAUGCGACUAAGGAUGACGGAGGACAAUUACCUCUCAUCCUGCGCCUAUUGCAGUAUCGCGACCCGGUCACGGGCUUGUCGACGUUGCAAGAGAAGGAGAUCAUCGCUGAGGCCGUCGGUCACACGAUCGCAGGUACUGACACGACAGCGACGACGCUCUCUUACUUGUGCUGGGAGCUUGGGCGUCGACCGGAUAUCGCGGCAAGGCUGACCGCCGAGCUCGACGAUGCCAUGAACGACCCGACGAGUGUGCCGGACAUGUCGGUGCUGCAGUCUCUGCCAUAUCUUAACGCCUUCGUGAAGGAAGGCCUCCGCAUCUACGGAGCAGGACCAAGCCUACUAGAACGCGUCGUGCCUCCCGCAGCUGAGCCGUUCAGCAUCGCAGGCCACACAAUCCCCGCCGGCACGCGCGUAGCCACUCAGUCCUGGAGCCUCCACCGCGAUCCUGCCGUCUUCCCUUCUCCCGAGAGGUUCAACCCCGAGCGCUGGCUCGCCAAAGACAUCGGCGCCAUGAUCGCCAACCUCAACCCUUUUGGCUUCGGCACGCGCGUCUGUGGCGGGCAGAACCUGGCGCAGAUCAUGUUGCGCAUCGGUGUGGCGGUGAUUGCGAGGAACUUCCGCAUCGAGGUGCCCGCAGAGACGACGGAGAAGUCGAUGGCGAUUCGGGAUGCUUUCGUCAUAUUCCCGGCGGCCAUGGAAUGCAAGGUAUGUCGGCGUCUUAAUUGA